UCAACAGCUGCACUACACCUUCAAUAAAGUGCUUCUCUUACAAGAGCCACUUCUUGUUGUUGGUGCUUUCUACUUGCUUUUCAUGCUGGUUGUUAUCUACAUGAGGUUGGACUUUGCGAUCAGCAAGGAUGAAGCCAGUGAGUCGCGCAUGCGUGCAGCUUGCCUUAUCGAUGAGGGCCAACGCCUGGUAGACCGUCAGAGUGGUCUUUACUCAGUGUACUCUGAUGCCAUCCAUAAGUACAAAUCAAGCAAAGAUGCCACUGCCUUUGCUAAUGCCCGCAAGAAGUUGGAUGGAGAUUACCGGUCCAUCAGUAAUCAGAUCAUUCAGGUGCAGAGCUCCCUUAACAAGGAACAACCUGAAGCUGCUGAGAAG